CUAGUGUGUACAGGAUAUUGAUACUUCAUGUGUGCAAUGCUUCACGGUCAAUCAUUCACCUUUAUUGUACAACUGUGCUUAUUAUACUGUAAAUAAAUGCGAUUGGCUGUAUAGAACUGAAGAUGAGUGAUUCUAAUGAAAAAGAAAAAGUAUUAAAAGAAACAGCUGAAGAUAUUUUUAAUGAGUUAAAGAAGAUCCAACAAGAAAAUGCGCAGUCUGUGACAUUUGAUGCCUUAUAUCUAGCGCUAAAAGCACUUCAACAUGAAAAUCCAGAAAAGUACGGGCGUUUUGCUACCCGGGACAAAGAACAAGAAACUGCCCCACAGUACACCAGGUUGUCGGAAGACAGGAUGAAGUUGUUCAACGACCCUGUUCACGGCCACAUCAGCAUACACCCUCUCUGCAGGGCCAUCAUCGACACGCCCCAGUUCCAAAGACUUCGCUACCUCAAACAACUUGGUACAUGCUAUUUUGUCAACCCUGGAGCCGCUCACAACAGAUUCGAACACAGUAUAGGGUGA